AUGAGUCUGCCGCCACCAGCACCCAAUCAGGCGUACUGCAAGGUGUCUGCCCUCGAGGGCGGACGCGUCGACAUGGAUCUCGAUCAGCUCGUCGACGUCGCCAAACCAGGCGAGCGCGUCGACAUGCCCGACAUGAUCUUUCUCCUCCGCCACUCCGUCACGGGCACCCCGUUCCUCUUCGACCUCGGCGUCCGCUCCGACCCCGAGAACCUUCCCGAGGGCCCGCUCGUCGUGAACGUGCGCAUGGGGAUCAAGCUCACGGGCCAGCCCGACCUGCACGCGACGCUCGCGCAGGGCGGGCUCACCCCCGACGCGAUCCAGCACGCGAUCAUCUCGCACAUCCACUACGACCACACCGGCGACCCGUCCCUCCUGCCCGCCGCGACGUUCCACCUCGGCGGCGACGCGCAGCCCGAGAUCGCGCGUCUGGCGCCGCACUUCCACGACAGCAUCUUCGCAAUCGCGACGCCCCCCGAGCGCACGCGCUACCUGGACACGGCCGCGUGGCCGCCGCUCGGGCCGUUCCCGCACGCGCUCGACUUCUUCGGGGACGGGAGCGUGUACGUCGUGGACGCGUCGGGGCACGUCCCCGGGCAUAUAAACCUCCUCGCGCGCACGUCUGCGGACGGCGCGUGGAUAUACCUCGCGGGCGACAGCGCGCACGACUGGCGCGUCCUGCGUGGGGAGGCGCACUUCGCGCACCACCCCGUCGUCGGAUGUUUGUACGCGGACCCGGAGGAGUCGAUGCGCCACGUGGGGCGCAUCCAGGAGCUGUUGAAGAACCCGAGGGUACGGGUGUUGCUGGCGCACGAUAUCCCGUGGUAUAACGAAAACAAGGGCGGUCCUGCGUUCUGGCCGGGCGAGAUACCGUCUCUGUAG